AUGACGUUUUGGGGACCCUUUUUCUGGGCUCAUUUUUUGGGGACCCCCUCCCCAGCCCCCAAGGAGCAGCAGAAGGCCGAGGCCACCGAACCCCUGAAAUCGGCCAAGCCCGGCCAGGAGGAGGAGGGGACCCCCAAAUCCAAAGGGCCCGGGGGGGCCGGGGGCGACGGCAAAGGGAAGGAGAAGAAGCCACCGCUGCUGGAGGCGCCCCCGCUGCGGCUGAAGCCGCGCAGCGUCCACGAGCUCUCGGUGGAGCAGCAGCUCUACUACAAGGAGAUCACCGAGGCCUGCGUGGGCUCCUGCGAGGCCAAACGGGCCGAGGCGCUGCAGAGCAUCGCCACCGACCCGGGGCUGUACCAGAUGCUGCCGCGCUUCAGCACCUUCAUCUCCGAGGGGGUGCGGGUGAACGUGGUGCAGAACAAUCUGGCGCUGCUCAUCUACCUGAUGAGGAUGGUGAAGGCCCUGAUGGACAACCCCACCCUGUACCUGGAGAAAUACCUGCAUGAGCUGAUCCCGGCGGUGAUGACGUGCAUCGUCAGCCGCCAGCUCUGCCUGCGGCCGGACGUGGACAACCACUGGGCACUGCGGGACUUCGCCGCGCGCCUGGUGGCCCAGGUGUGCAAGAACUUCAGCACCACCACCAACAACAUCCAGUCCCGCAUCACCAAAACCUUCACCAAGAGCUGGGUGGAUGACAAGACCCCCUGGACAACGCGCUACGGAUCCAUCGCGGGGCUGGCCGAGCUGGGCCACGACGUGAUCAAGACCCUGAUCCUGCCGCGGCUCCCGGCCGAGGGGGAGCGCGUGCGGAACAUUCUGGAAGGGCCCGUGGUGAGCACCAUCGACCGCAUCGGGGCCGACCACGUCCAGAGCCUGCUGCUGAAGCACUGUGCCCCGGUGCUGGCCAAGGCGCGGCCGCCCCCCGACAGCCCCGAGUGCUACCGCGGCGAUUUCGGUUACCUGGGCGCGCUGCUCUGCUCCCACGUGGUCAAAGCCAGAGCCCAGGCGGCCCUGCAGGCCCAGCAGGUCAACAGGACCACGCUGACCAUCACCCAGCCGCGCCCCACGCUGACGCUGUCCCAGGCCCCGCAGGCCCCGGGGGCGCCCCCGCGGCCCCCCAGCAUCAUCAAGGUGCCCAGCGCCAUCGCCCUGCCCGUGCCCGUGCCCGUCCCCGUGCCCGCCCUGGCCCCCGGCGGCCGCCCCGGGACCCCCACCCAGCCCUCCCCGCCGCCCCCCAAGUUCAUCGUCAUGUCCUCGGCCAGCAGCGCCAGCCAGCAGGUGAUCACGCUGAGCACGUCCCCCGCCCCCACUGCCACCUCCCCUGUCACCACCACUGUCCCCAGCGUGCAGCCACUGGUCAAACUGGUGUCCCCCGGUGUCCCCAGCGGUGCCACCACCGCCACCGCCACCGCCACCACCGGUGUCACCGGUGUCACCGGCGCCGUGCAGAAAUACAUCGUGGUGUCAUUGCCACCCGCCACAGGUGACACCAAGGGUGGCACUGCCACCACCGCCACCCCCCCGCCCGCCCCCGCCCCGCAGAUGUCCCCAAGUGCCACCACUGCCACCGCCGCGGGGUCCCCGGUGGCUGCCAACGUCACCAAGGUGGAGGUUGGGGACAGUCCCCAAAGUGCCACCGGUGUCACCGCGGGUAAGGCCAAUGGGACCUCCGGGGUGGGGACGCAGGAGACAGCGGGUGGCACCUAAAAGUGUCACCUGAGGGGUCAUGGUGGCCCAAAAGUGUCACCUGAGGGGUCACGGUGUCCCCAAAGUGUCACCUGAGGGGCCCCAAUGGCCCCAAAGUGUCACCUGAGGGGCUCCAAUGGCCCCAAAUGUCCCCAAAGUGUCACCUUAGGGGCCCAAAUGUCCCUAAAGUGUCACCAAAGGGCCCCAAAGUGUCACCUGAGGGGCCACAAUGUCCCCAAAGUGUCACCUGAGGGGCCCAAAUGUCCCUAAAGUGUCACCUGAGGGGCCACGGUGUCCCCAAAGUGUCACCUGAGGGGCCCAAAUGUCCCUAAAGUGUCCCUAAAGUGUCACCUGAGGGGCUGCAAUGUCCCCAAAGUGUCACCGGAGGGGCUCAAAUGUCCCUAAAGUGUCCCCAAAGGGCCCCAAAGUGUCACCAAAUGUCCCCAAAGUGUCACCAAAGGGGCCCCUGUGUCCACAAAUGUCCCCAAAGUGUCCCCAAAAUGUCCCUGGGGAGGACAGGGGGGUCUUGGUGUCCCCAAAAUGUCCCCAAAGUGUCCCUGGGACCCCUCUGUGGGGACAUUUGGUGGCCUCAGAGUCCCCAAAAUGUCCCCAAAGUGUCCCUGGACACCCCUGGGGAGGACAGGGGGGUCUGGGUGUCCCCAAAAUGUCCCCAAAUGUCCCCAAAAUGUCCCCAAAAUGUCCCUGAGGAGGACAGGGGGGUCUGGGUGUCCCCAAAUGUCCCCAAAAUGUCCCCAAAGUGUCCCCAAAAUGUCCCCAAAGUGUCCCCAAAAUGUCCCCAAAAUGUCCCCAAAGUGUCCCCGGGGUCCCCCCCCGGGGCUGUGUGGAACUCAAUAAACUCCCAGUUCAUUCCA